AUGGGAAAGAAGGACAAAUCCACCAAGGCCGCUGCGCCCGCCGUCAACGCCAAGAAGGCUAGCAAGAAGGACAAGAAGGCGGCUCCUGCUGCCAACGUCGUCGAGCCCAAGGCCAACGGCGUCGACAAAAAGGCAAAGUACAACAACAAGAAGGGCAAGAAGGAAGCCACCAAGAAGGAGCCCACUCCUGAGCCUGAGCCUGAGUCCGAGUCCGAGUCCGAGUCCGAGUCCAGCGACGAUUCGAGCGACAGCGACAACGACAAGUCCAAGUCCAGCUCCGAUUCGUCGUCCGACUCUGACUCGUCCGACUCGAGCGACGACGAGCAGGUCGAAACCAAGGCCGCCCCAGCUGCCAAAACCAACGGCAAGCCCGCCGCUGCUCCUGUUGCCGAGGCCAGCUCGUCUUCCGACUCUUCCGAUGACUCGUCCGACUCUGAUUCUUCAUCCGAAUCGGACUCGGAUUCGGACUCGUCUGACUCUUCCGAUGACGACGAGGAUGAGAAGCCCGCUGCCGCUGCCGACUCCAAGAAGCGCAAGGCCGAGGACGAGGCACCUUCCGCCAAGAAGGUCAAGACCGAAGACGGAACUGCCGCUGCCGCUGCCGCCGCCCCUGCCGAGCUUGCAGAGGGCGAGACCAACCAGAUCUGGGUUGGGCAGCUCUCGUGGAACGUCGACAACGACUGGCUCAAGUCCGAGAUGGAGGUGUUUGGCGAGGUCACCAGCGCUCGCGUCCAACUUGACCGCACUUCGGGCAAGAGCCGUGGCUUUGGCUACGUAGACUUUGCCACCGCCGCUGCUGCCAAGAAGGCGUUUGACGAGGGCCAGGGAAAGGAGGUGGAUGGGCGUGCUAUCCGCAUCGACCUUUCCACUCCCAAGGGCGAUGUUACUGAGAACCGCGCCAAAAAGUUCAACGACCAGCGAUCGGCUCCCUCCAGCACGCUGUUUAUUGGCAACCUCUCGUUUGACGUCAGCGAAGACGACGUCUGGAACGCCUUCUCGGAGCACGGUGAAGUUUCCGGUGUUCGUCUGCCCAAGGACCCCGACUCGGGUCGUCCCAAGGGUUUCGGUUACGUCGAGUUUGCCGCUCAGGAGAGCGCACAGGCUGCUAUUGACGCCAUGACUGGCCAGGAGCUCGCCGGCCGUCCUCUGCGUCUCGACUUCUCCACACCAAGGGACCGUGAUGGCGGCGCCGGUGGGCGUGGCGGUGGACGCGGUGGCGGAUUCGGUGGCGGACGUGGUGGCGGACGUGGCGGUGGAUUCGGUGGCGGACGUGGUGGUGGACGCGGCGGCGGACGUGGUGGCCGCGGUGGUUCGGACGGCUCGUUCCGUGGCAUGCCCCGCGGUGGUGGAUGGGGUGCUCGAGGUGGCAGUGCACGAACUGGUGGCGCUGCUGAUUUCUCGGGCAAAAAGAUGACAUUUGACGACUAA